AUAAAAUUGUUGCCCAUUUUAUGUAUUAAACUUCCAACAAUUUUAAUACAUAAAAUGGGAAUCACUGGAAGUAACCAAUCAGCUGUUGCUAUAUAAAUAUUGGCUAUCUCUAUCUUGAGCUGUCUAUGCCGGUUAUUUUUAGGUUAAAUUCUAAAAUAAAAUCAAGAAUCUAGCAGUGUUACUGUUUGUCGUGUAGGUUAUUUUAAUGUGUAAACGUGCGCCGCACUCAAUAUCAAGUCAUACAUUAAUUGCGCACUUAAUAUUUUUAAGUACGUUUCACUCGUGCAGUAUUGUAGCUAUUGUUUACCAAGUGUUAUGAAACAAUAGGAUUACUUACUGCUGCUAGAUAGAAAUGUCAGGUGAUGUGCAGCCACGAAAACGAAAAGACAAGAAAAAGAAGAAAGAUGACCUGGGUAUUGAAGAACCUCGUGGAACAGCCGCCGUGUUCGGAGAAGGCGAUGUUUUCAUUCAUUCGUACCAUGAACAUGGAACUGGUGGGCACUGGUGUGCCAAAAUUAUCUUUUUCUCUCUUUUAGCAGUAUUAGUAACACUAAUUGGGCUUAUAAUUUUGGAAAAUAGAGGUCUCAGUGACUUGGAGGCAAAUGCAGUUGAAUCUCGUUAUUCUGGUGUCUUAGAAGGAUGGAUUGAAGAUACACCAGAUGAUGACCAUCAUGAUGAACAUACACUAGAGUUAAAUCACCCUGAUGAUGAAGAACUACAUGAAGCUGAUGAUGAAGAUAUUGAACACAAUGGUGACGAUGAAGACAAGCAUAAUGAUGACGAUUAUGAACACAAUGAAUCACAUGAAGACGAUGAUGAAGAGGAUGACAAUGAUGAGGUUGAUGAAGAACAAAAUAGUGAUGAAAAUGAAGAUGAAAUUGAAGAAGAGGAUAAUGCAGACAUUGCAUACAGUGCAUACAAACAAUAUGAUGAUCAAAAUAGUGCAGAAAAUUAUGAAAGUGAUGAAGAAGAUCAAAUAGUAAAGGAUGAUUAUAAUAUAAACGAAGAAAACGAUGAUGAAACGGAUGAUGAUGAAGAGGACAAUGACAAUGACGAAUACGAACAAAACGAAAAUAAUGACAAAAUUGAAAAAAAUCACAACGGUGACUACAUUGAUGAUAAUGAUGACGUAUGGGAAAAAGAGGAGGAACAUGAGGAGGAUGGUGGUGAAGAUGACGAGGAUGAUGAAGUUGAGAGAAUUGAACGCGAAAUAUCAGAUGAAGAUAUUCUCUCCUCGGAAGUAAAAGAAGAGGACGAUGAAGCUGGUGAUGAUAAUGAUGGGUCUGAAGAAGGCGAUGAUGAGGAAAAUGACGACCAGAGCACGCAAAUUGAAGAUGACGAUGAGCCGCCAGUUGAACGUAUAUCUAUACCUCCACCUGGGAAACCGUAUACUGAGAUAGAAGAAGAAACUGUCCAGAAGACGCCGGAUACCUUGGCUGAUGAGGAAGAGUACGAGAGACGGCAAGAAGAAUUAAAAAAAGAGCGCGAGGCGCAAUCUUCACAGGGCAUGUGGCUGAAAUUGCUGGUUGGCGGCGCUUUACUCGCCGCAACACAUGCGGUAGUGCGACGCGCAACAGCCCCGCGUGAUGAACCCGAAGAAGAACAUUUCGUUGAACAGCCUUCUGUAUCUGAAAGACGCAUGACACUCAUACCACAAACACAGGAAACUCCAGAGAUUAUACAGCAAAUAAAUCCACAAGAGGAAAUAAUUAAAAAAACAUCUACUAUUGUUCAAUCAGUUCCUUUAACAAAACCAAUACCUGAAGAAGAUAAGACCACAAUUGUUGCGAAAGAAGAAAUCGAAGAGAAACAUCUCAAAGAUGAAGUUGAAAAAGAGCUCUAUAGUGACGAAGAAGAGGAAGAAGACGAACUUGAUGAGGAGGAGGAGGAACAAGAGGAAGUAGAAGAGAUAGUGGUAAAAAAACCUGAAAUGAAGGAAACUAAAACGGCGCCCGUAAACAAACCUCCUAUACCGGUUGAGGAACCGACCGAAGAAGAUGAAGAUGUUGAAAUAAUCUAUGAAGAAGAAAUUGAGGAAGAGUUAGAAGAUGAGGAGGAAGAAGAAGUCGAAGAAGAAAUAUCAGAUGUCGAUGAUUCGGACUUAUUAAACCGAUUAGAGGCUAAAUAUGGGCGGCUACCGGAACCAGAGAGGCCGGGAAAUAACAAAGGAGGUGGUAAUAGUAUAGAAGAUGAUUGGCCGGGAGAGCCUAACGACCCCUAUUGGUCACAGCAACUAGAUCUUGCCGAAGAAGAACUUCGACAGGGGGCGUGGCCUUCGUGCGAGCAACGUGCGUCUGCGAUGGAACUAAAAGGCAGCGCGCGCGCGCAAUACGUCGUCGCAAAAUGUUUGGAUUUAAUGGCAGAAACGAAGAGAGAUAACCGCUUGCUUUCGAGGGCCAUUACAGCCUAUGUGCAGCUACUUAAGAUGAAUGAACGAUUAUCGGAUAGAAAACUCGUUGAGAUAGCUCAACGAGCUAUUGAUAGAAUACAAUUUAGAGGUACAUAUUUGAAUGCCGAACCUGUAUACCGUUUAUUGAUCCGUCGUUUCCCUGAUAACGUGCACUAUCGGAAUAAUUUGACAGUGAGCUUCCUCAUGGCUAAUAGGGCGGACUUAGCAGAUACAGUUCUCAAAGAAACUCUUAAACUAUGGCCGAACGAUCGCAUCGCGUUAGCCCACUAUGGAUUCGUAUUAAAAAACCAAUUCAACAAAUUGGAAGAGUCUGUCAUAUAUUUACAAAAGGCUUUAGAAGGUGAUGCUGAAGCCGCUAAUGAACCCCGAUUUUUUUACGACCUGGGAGAUGCGUUAUUGCAGCUCGGAAGACUUAAAGAAGCACAAGAAAUUCACGAAAAGGGGGCAAAGUUGGGCCAUUUUCUCUCGCCAGAACAAAGGUCCCUGUACAAUGUGGCUCGAUUAAAAAGUCGGCCCUGGUGGCCAAUUGAAGCUACACCUUAUGUAAAACUUGUUCGGGACUUGGAGAAUUCAUGGAAAGAGAUUCUUAAAGAGGGUUUAGCGGCAAAGGAAUUAUUUGAAAAGGAAAAGGAAGGGUUAAAGGAAAGGGGAGAAUGGUCACAAUUAGAUGUUUUUGUAAGGGGACAGGAGAUUCCAGGAAGGUGUAAACGCGCGCCUGUUACGUGUUCUAUAGUAAGUCAAGAGGCAAGUGCCCGAUGCCGCAGAGGUCAAAUAAAAUUCAGUUUAAUGGAGGCUGGUACCCACGUAAGACCUCAUGUCGGGCCCACUAACUGUCGUCUGAGGAUGCAUUUAGCUCUCAGCAACACCAAAGACACGUAUAUCAGAGUUGGAAAAGUGACUAGGCAAUGGGAAUUAGGCAAAGUUUUCAUAUUCGAUGACAGUUUUGAACAUGAAGUAUGGCAUAAUGGUACAGGGUCAAGACUUGUACUUAUAGUGGAUGUGUGGCACCCGGAUCUCACGGCUGCCGAAAGGAAAACCUUACCUGCUAUAUAAUACUGAAAAUAUCUAAAACUUUGUCAAAAUUAAUGUACAUGUAUAAAAUGUCAUUCCUAGUCAUAGUUUAAAGCGUGUAAAUUUACCCCCUUAUUCAUAAAAAAUAAAUCUUUGUCCGAUUUUAACUACCGUCUCUCUCUAUCACAAUUCACAGCAUAAAACGCAAUUUGGCAAAAAGACGAAACAGUUAGUUAAGAGUGAUUUUGUUUUUUAUAAAUCUGGGGGGGACCCUUUUUUUGUAUAUGCAUUAUUAUUAAAAAUAAAAUAUUUAAAUCUUACAUCAAAACAGUAAGAAACCAUGUUUAAGUUUUAUAAUUUAGAAAUACCAAAACAUAAUUUUCAUUAUGUACAAUUAGAUUUACGAAUUUGGUCAUUUUGUAUAUGAAUAUAUUUACAAUGCUCA